CAAACGGAGAACAGCAAGAUCGAUAAUGGCGGCAUGUCAUCAUUGCUGUGCUGUAUAAGUCGCAAAAGGUUAACCAACCAUUACAACAUCUAAGCGACAUAAGAAACAAACUCAAGCGCACACUACUACCAUCAAACACAGCAAGCAUUGAGGACAUCUGAGGAUUACAUAUUCUUCUCCCUAAGCAACCAAUUGUCUGUCAGACCCUGCUGAUUUACACAAUUAUCACUGGAUAGUAAAGGUCUUGAGCUGCGCACUUCCUUUUUGUGAUAACGUGCUCCAACGGUACUGCACUACUCGACCAGGCGUCGGCCAUCCCUCUCGGGAUACGUUCUUUACCCAUUCACCUUCACUGAAGAGAGCGUCUGUCCAGAAGGGAAUCUCGCUCACGACCCGCAACUGCUUCAUCAUGUCCCACAAUCCUCAGUGGAAUUCGUUCCAGCCGCCAGCCCCGCCCAGCAUGAAACCUUACUCCAACUACCACUCGGCCAGUAGCGGGUAUGGCGCGUAUUCAAGCUCGUCCCAGUCGCCGUCGGGCCCGCGCUACGGCGGCGGCGGCGGCAGCCCGCACUACGCUAGCCAACAGUCGAACGACUCGGUGGGCGGCGGCGGCGCAGAGUUCGACAUUGGCGUCUUCUCGGUCGGCCACUUCUCGUCCGGAGCCAAGAACGGCGGCUUCGGCAUGAACGGAUUCUCGGCCAAGGAGGGGAGCCCCAGCCACGGCGCGCACGGCCUUCGCGAAACGGGCAUCAUCGAAAAGUUGCUGCACUCGUACGGCUUCAUCCAGUGCUGCGACAGGCAGGCUCGCCUCUUCUUCCACUUCAGCCAGUUCGACGGCACCAUCGAGCACCUGCGUGUCGGCGACCCGGUGGAGUUCGAGAUGACUUACGACCGCCGCACGGGCAAGCCCAUCGCCUCCAGCGUCUCCAAGAUCACGCCCGAGGUGACGCCGCAGGUGCUGAGCGAGGAGCGCGUGACGGGCACGGUCACCACCGAGCUGACGCCGGGCGCGCCCGCCCAGCACGGCCGCAUCAGCUACGAAAACCGCGGCGAAUGCUUCUUCCUGCCCUACGACAUGGAGGACAUCGAAGGCAACGUCAGCCUUCGCGUCGGCGACCUGGUCAGCUUCCAGAUGGCGACCAACCCCCGGACGGGGAACCUGGCGGCGCACAACGUGCGACUCGAGAACCCGGCCAACCCGAUCCACUAUCAGGGCAUGGUGUGCUCGCUGGAGUCGGACGAGCGGGGCGGCUUCAUCGAGCGCGCCGACGUGGUGCGCGAGAUCGUGUUCAGCUGCGCCAGUGUGCAGGGCGACCGGGCCGUCACGCUCGGCGACGAGGUGGAGUUCACCAUCCAGACGGUCAAGGGCAAGGAGGUGGCAACGAACAUCGUACACCUGGAGCCGGGCACGGUCGUGUUCGAGGACAUCGACCCGGCGGACGUCAAGGGCCAGGUGCUGAAGGCGCUGGACGACGCGGCCGAUAACAACGGCCGGCCUCAGCGAGGAAAAAGUCGAAGACAAGUUACUGUAAACGACCCGAUGCCGGGCCGCGUGCGGUACCGCGUCAAGGACAGCUCGGAUGUGGUGGAGGUGCCGUUCGGCGAGCGCGACCUCAAGGGCAAGUUCACGCUUCGCCACGGCGACUGGGUGCAGUUCAACGUGGCCACGGACCGGCGUGACAAGCUGAAGCGCGCCACCGGCAUCUCGCUGCUCGAGCAGUCGUUCGUCGUGUCUGGCGAGAAGCGCGAGCAGGGCGUGCUGCUCUCCGUCAAGGAGCGCAGCUACGGCUUCAUCCGCUGCGUGGAGCGCGACAACAACCUGUUCUUCCACCUCUCAGAAAUGGUGGACCCGGAGCGUGGCCUGCAGAACAAGGACGAGGUGGAGUUCACCGUGGUGUCCGACCCCAAGAUCGCCUCCCGUAUGACGGCCAUCCGGAUCCUGCGCCUGCCGCCCGGCACGGUCCGCUUCGAGACGCUGGUGCAGGCGCAGGUGACGGGCACCGUCACGCGCGAGCCCUCCUCCAAGUUCUCACGCUCGCCAGGCCGCGCCGCCGCCUCCGCCAACGGCAGCGGCGACAAAUCUCAUGAGACGGGCCUGAUCGAGCACGAGCUAAAUGGUACCAAGGCUACGGUCAGCUUCAGCCACAACGCCACCGACCCGCGGCACAGCCCGCGCCAGGGCGACAAGGUGCAGUUCAGCCUGAUGCAGUCACGCCGCACCAAGGAGCUGUGGGCGGCCGAGGUGGUGGUGACGGAGCGUGCCGAGCGGCCCGAGCGGGCCGAGCGACACACCGCGCGCGACGGCCUCGUGCCCGGCUCCAUUCACCAGGGCUACGUGGCUGCUCUCAAGGAGAACUACGGCUUCAUCGAGACCCUGCAGCACGACCGCGAGAUAUUCUUCCACUACAGCACGCUGCGCGGCGGCGCCGAGCAGCUGCAGCUGGGCGACGAGGUGCAGUACACGCUGAGCCGGGCUGGCAGCCAGGGCCGCGUGUCGGCCGAGAACGUGACACCGCUGCCGGCCGGCACGCUCUCGCAGCCGGCCGUGCUGCCCGAGACGCUGGACGGCAUCGUGGUGCGCCCGGUGCGCAGCGUCGACCCCGACCAGCCCGUGUACGCCGGCCUGGUGCAGGCCAACACCACUGAGGAGGUCGGCACCGCUUACGAGUUCGGCAUCACGUCGCUGGCCAACAAGAAAGAGUACCUGCAGGUGGGCGAUAUGGUUACCUUCCAAGUCGAGGAGGGUGAAAAGCGGGCCACCAACAUCAAGAUUCACCGGAAACGCCUCAGGGCUAUCGUGGAUGCCUUCAAAAACCAGUACGGCUUCCUGUCGUACGAGCAUGAGGAGGGCAAGAAGCUGUUCUUCCACAUCAGCGAGGUUAAGGACGGCGUGACGCUGCGCGAGGGCGACGAGGUGGAGUUCGGCGUGGUGACCUCGCACCGCACCCGGAAGUCGUCCGCCUGCCAGGUGGUGCGCAUCAGCAGCGCCUCCGACGAGAAGAAGAAGAACUCGUUCACGUCGCAGUCUGAGCGGCCGGACCGCGUGAUCCAACGCAUCCGCACCAUGGCGCUGAACGACCAGCGCCGGCCGCGUCAGGUGCAGAUCGUGCGCCAGCCGCGCGGACCGGAGGCGGACGGUGGCCGCGGCUUCAGCGCCCGCCGGCCGGCGGCCUGAGAGCCGCCGCCG